GACUGACUUGCGCAUUUUUUGGUGGUCACUGGAAUAAAUUUCUUAGAAGAAAACUUUUGAAAAAUCGUCCCAAAAUAAUGAAAUAUUUUGUAAAAGUCCAAAUUCCAUCCAAUAUCUCAGCAGAACUCAUGAAAUCGUAGGAGCUAUGAGCAAGACUAUGAAGAGGGAGUGUUGCAUUAUAUCUGAUCCAGGGAGCACAUCCACUGGUUCCCUUUUAAAUCCAAAUCAGUUGACUAUUUUCAUAGACAGUGAUGAAUCUGAGAUUAUGAACCCGAAGAUAUUGUGUGCAGUAAGAGCAGGUGACAAAGAAUCUCUCCUCAAAAGGAUGAAAGAUGAUGCAAAGAUCCUUCAACGACUCGUAGACAAUCAUGAAAACUCACUACUUCAUAUCGCUGCUGCCUCGGGUCAUGCAAAUAUAGUUGAUUAUAUAGUCUCUGAAUCGCCAAAUCUUCUUGAAAAAGGAAAUUUGAUUUCUGAGACUGCUCUUCAUGUUGCAGCUAGAGCAGGAAAUCUCGAUAUUGUUGAGUUUCUUGUUCGAUACAUUACAGAGUUUUUGAUGUGUGAUAUGCUAAUUUCCGCUAAAAGCAAGAACGGAGAUACGGCUCUACACGUUGCGUUGAAAGAAAAACAUGCAAAUGUGGCGUUCUACCUUUUUAGUGUGAGGCAGGAUGUAUCAUUUGAUGUGAACAAUGAUGGAGUUUCUCCGAUAUACUUGGCUGUAGAAGCCGGAUAUUGCGAGCUCGUGGAGAAAAUGCUUGAAUCUUCACCUUGCUUAUCUAAAUUAGCUUUAAUGCGUGGUGGAAAAUCUGUUGUACAUGCAGCAAUGAGGGCCAAGAGGAGAGAUAUCCUUGGUAUUAUUCUUAGUCAAGAUCCAGGACUUGUUGAAUUACGCAAAGAAGAAGGAAGAACAUGUCUUUCAUUUGGAGCAUCAAUAGGAUUUUAUGAGGGAAUUCGCUAUAUAUUAUCAGAGUUUGACAAAGCAGCUUCAAGUGUCUGUUAUGUUGCUGAUGAUGAUGGAUUCUUUCCGAUUCAUAUGGCAGCAAAAGAAGGACAUGUCAGGAUCAUAAAAGAGUUUAUUAAGCAUUGUCCUGACUCAAUAGAGCUACUUAACAGUCAAUGUCAGAAUAUUCUUCAUGUUGCUGCGAAAACUGGUAAGUCGACAGUUGUCAAGUAUCUCCUACAACUUGAUGAACAUAAAAGAAUGAUGCAUGAACAAGACGUUGAUGGAAAUACACCGUUACACCUGGCCACGAAACACAGACACCCGUUGGUUGUGAAUAUUUUUACAUGGAACCAUGGGAUUAACCUCACAACACUGAACAAUGAUGGUUUUACAGCUCUAGAUAUUGCUCAAGCGUUGAAGGACGAUACUUACGUACUUCACAAGAGAUUGACUUGGAUGGCUUUGGUAUCUGCUGGUGCACCAAAUGGUCAGAAACCGAUUCCCUUGAAACAGAGUCACAUACAAAAUCCAGAAAAAUAUAAGGAUAGUGUCAAUACUCUUAUGGUGACUGCAGCACUCGUAGCAACUGUGACCUUCACUGCAGGUUUUACAUUACCCGGUGGUUACAUCAGUUCUGCUCCAGAUCAAGGCAUGGCUGCACUGGUCAAUGAAAUGAAUUUCAAGGUUUUUCUCUUGUUCAACAGUAUUGCAAUGUGCUCUUCUAUGGUAACUAUAAUGGCUCUUAUCUGGGCACAGCUGGGUGAUGUUCUUCUGACAAAGAAAGCUUUUGAACUAGCUUUACCACUUCUUACAACCGCUCUUGUCUCUAUGGCGAUGGCAUUUGUGGCUGGAGUUACACUCGUGGUGAGCGAUCUCCCAUGGCUUUCCCAUUUUGUAUUAGCCAUAGAUUCGGUCUUCUUUAUACUCCUAAUGCUUCUUAUCAUUCCUUACGCAUUCUCGUCUACCAGACAAGGCUUUCUCAGACACAUCUUCUACUUUCCCUAUUUCUUAAUGCUUUUGGUUGUUAACGAAGACAGCAACAACAUAGAUGGUUAAAGAAUGCUCUG